AUGCUUCGCCUCUCCGCCUCUUUCUCCCUCCUCUACCCUCCUUCUCUCUCCCCGUCCGUCUCCCACCCCCGCCCGCGCCGCCUACGCGCCCUCGUCGUCGCCGCCUCCGCCUCGCCUUCCGCCCGCAGCCUCCGCCUCCUCGAGUGGGGCAAGGUUUGCCGCGCCGUCGCUUCGUUCGCCGGCACCGCGCACGGCCGCGAAGCCACCGAGAAGCAGCUGUGGGGUGUGGAGAGCGUGAGCUAUGAGCGGAGCUGGAAGCUCCUCCGGGAGACUGAGGCGGCGGUGCGGCUGCUUGGCAGCUCCGGUGGGGCAUUGGAUUUCUCCGGGCUGGAUACCGUCGUAGAGUCAGCAAUAAAUUGUGUCUCUGGUGGUUCCGUAAUUAAAGGCCAGGAAGCAAUGGCAGUGGUUAGCCUGAUGCUGUUCGUUGAAUCCUUGCAAGUAACUAUCAAAGCUGCUAUGAAGCAAGAUGAAGAUUCAUAUAAUCUGUUACUGCCCCUUACGGAAACAAGCCCUGAGCUAAGACGAUAUCGAGAUCAAGUUCAGGCCCUAGAGAGCAGGUUAUGCCAGCUUAUGGAUAAGUUGAUACGGAAUGCAGACAAUGAAGCUUCCUUGUCGGAAGUAAGCAUUGUAAAUGGAAGAUGCUGCAUUAAAAUAACUGGGGAUAAGUCUUCAAGUUUUGAUGGAUUACUACUCUCCAGUGGUUCAGAUGCUGGAAGUAUGAUAGAACCAAUUGUUGCUGUUCCACUAAAUGAUGAGCUACAGGGCGCAAGAGCACUAGUGGUUAGAGCCGAGCUUGAAGCUUUAUCGAAACUGACUGACAAGAUUCUUCUUGAGCUUGAUAAUAUUCAGAUUUUGAUGCAGGAAACAGUUACACUCGAUAAGGGCACAGUGGCAAACCUCGGCGAGCAAAAUGAUCAGCAGUCCAGCACUGGUUCGCUACCGCCCAUCCAGGAGAAGAAUUUCAUCUUCAUCAGUGCCCAGAACUCCCAGUAUUGCUGCCACAUGGGGUGGUCAACCAUUUCUUCAAAGAACGCAAGACAGUUCACUAUCGAGAGAUACGCGUGCGCCUGCUGCCAGGACAGUGGGAGCAAGCAAAAUAACCCUUUCCAACUGGUCACAGCUCGUGCAAGAUACAGUAUAGCAUACGAUGGUACACUUCCUGACCUGUAUUUGCCAAACAUUGAGCAUGGAAUUGUCAAUGCGGCUAAAGAUGAGCCUGCCAGUACAACUUCCUCAGCCCAACUUACUAAGAGGCCAUGGAAACUGUUCAUUCCAAAUGCAUACCAUCCACUAUUGCUCCAGCAGCACCAGGAAAAUUUGCGUCGUACAAAAAAGGAUGUUGCAAGUGCCACAGCGGAGAUUCGUAGGAGGAGGAUAUACGGACAAGAUAUCACAGAGGAAGAUCAACUGGCUUCAGAACUUGAUUUCAUGAAAAUUAGGGUUUCUGAGCUGGAGAGGAACCAUCCGAUCCCAGUAGAUUUUAUGAUCGCGGAAGAGACUACUGUUUUGGUCAUAACUGGCCCAAAUACUGGGGGAAAAACAAUCAGCUUGAAGACGGUUGGGCUGGCAUCGUUAAUGGCCAAGAUAGGUCUAUACAUUCUAGCUUCUGAACCAGUUAAAAUUCCAUGGUUCGAUGCUGUUUAUGCUGACAUUGGAGAUGAGCAAUCUUUGACCCAAUCACUCUCAACAUUCUCUGGGCAUCUGAAGCAGAUUGGGGCCAUUCGCGCUCAGUCAACUUCACAAUCCUUGGUCCUUUUGGAUGAGGUUGGUGCCGGGACAAAUCCACUCGAAGGAGCUGCUUUGGGGAUGUCUCUCUUGGAGUCUUUUGCUGAAGCUGGUUCCUUUCUGACUCUAGCUACAACUCAUCAUGGAGAACUGAAAACACUGAAAUACAGCAAUGAUUCAUUUGAGAAUGCAUGCGUGGAAUUUGAUGAAGAGAAUCUAAAGCCUACGUUCAGGAUACUUUGGGGAAUACCAGGGCGUUCAAAUGCAAUCAAUAUUGCUGAAAGGCUAGGUUUGCCCUUGGAUAUUAUAGAAAGUUCUCGGCAGUUACUUGGAACAGCUGGUGCAGAGAUAAAUGCGUUGAUUAUGGACAUGGAAAAAUUCAAGCAAGAAUACCACGAACAACUUCAGCAGGCACAACAUUAUCUUAUGCAGUCCAAGGAGCUUCAUAAUGACUUGGAAGUAGCACAGAAGAGCAUUGUAGAUCACAGUACCGCUCAGAGAAAAAGAAAGUCAAGAGUAGUUUCGGAGUAUGCUGUUAUGGCUCGUUCGAUCAUUCAUAAGAAGUUCCAGCAGUACAGAGAAUCUGCAGUAGCUCAAAGAGUGCUAGAAGAAGAGAAGGCUGCGGAGAAAGCCAAAUCUGAGGGGGCGAAAAGCCCCGAGCCAUCUAGCACUUCUGCCCUUAAAAAGACGCAGAAUACAAAUAGCAUCACGGUCGCAGAAGCUAAUGGCAAGAUAAUAGAUGAAGAUGGUGGGAUCCCAGAAGUUGGGGAUUUAGUUUACGUUCCUAAACUCAAGAACCAAGCUACCGUAGUCAAAAUAGAUUCGUCCAAAAAUGAAGUGCAAGUCCAAGCUGGCAUGAUGAAGCUCAAGCUAAAGUUGAAAGAUGUCAAGGUCCAGAAGCAGAAGACAUCAAGAUAA